UCAGUUUGAAUCAACCAUAGCUGUGGCUACAUAUUCCAAGCGAGCUGAGAAUUUUAAAAUUACAAAAAAAUGAAGCUGACUUUAUUGUUAUGUCUUGUGUUAUUGAGUACCAUCGUGCUAUCAGUGCCAGUGAAUGUUGACAAAAAUGUUGAUAAAGUUGAGUCUAUGCCAGAAUCAGAUGAUUCUAAAGAUGAACUGUCCCGAAAGUUUAAAGGACCAAUCAAAAUUAAGAAAUGUGCUAAACCAGAUCAGUCGUUUGAGUAUUAUCAAAGAUGGUGCCCAACCACUGCUAUGACAACAACUACAUCAACUACAACUACUCCUACCACAACAACGCCUACAACAACUGCAGCAACAACGACAACAGCAGCAGCAGCAGCCGCAAGAUUUUAAUUUAAAACAAAGUUAUUUUAAUAGCUAAAGAUUUUAACAAUGCUUUUAAAGAAAUAAGACAUUGAAUCCCAACGCAUUGACAAUGACAUUGAUGUAGAAUUACUUUUUUAUAUAGAUUACCUAUUAUAUAAUAUCUUUAUUUAUUAAACGCGUUAAAUAAAAUUUUGCAAAUCAACAAAAAAAAAGUUGCAUAAAAUAAAAAGAUUUUUU